CUGUGCCGGGAAGGCGGCCGGAGAUCCAGCCGGGGCUCUGAGCUGGUGGUCCAUGAGCAGCUUCAGGAUGGGGAGAAGCCCUACAAGUGCUUGGAGUGUGGGAAGAGCUUCAGCCAGAGCAACAAACUGAUCCACCACCAGAUAAUCCACACUGGGGAAUGGCCCUAUGAGUGUGGGGAAUGUGGGAAGGGCUUCAGCUGGAGCUCCCAACUCAUCAUCCACCAGCGCAUCCACACUGGGGAGAGGCCCUAUGAGUGUGGUGAGUGUGGGAAGAGGUUUCAGAGGAGCUCCACUCUCCUUGUGCACCAGCAGAUUCACACGGAUGAGAGGCCCUUCCACUGCCCUGACUGUGGGGAGGCCUUCAAGAGAAAUUCCAAUCUCAUCACCCACCGGCGCAUCCACACUGGGGAGAGGCCCUACGAGUGUGGGGAAUGUGGGAAGAGCUUCAGCCACAGCUCCAACCUGACCAUCCACCAGAGGACCCACACUGGGGAGAGACCCUAUGAGUGUGAGAAAUGUGGGAUGACCUUCAGAUGGAGGUCCCAACUCAUCAUCCACCAGAUGAUCCACACUGGGGAGAGGCCCUACGAGUGUCCUGAGUGUGGGAAGAGGUUUCACACCAGCUCCACUCUCAUCAUGCACCAGCGGAUUCACACGGAUGAGAGGCCCUUCCGCUGCCCCGACUGCGGGGAGGGCUUCAAGCGAAACUCCUCCCUCAUCACCCACCAGCGCAUCCACACUGGGGAGAGGCCCUACGAGUGUGGGGAAUGUGGGAAGAGCUUCAGCUACAGCUCCUCCCUGACCAAACACCAGAGGACCCACACUGGGGAGAGACCCUAUGAGUGUGGGGAAUGUGGGAAGAGCUUCAGCCGGAGGUCCAUGACCAUCCACCAGAUGAUCCACACUGGGGAGAGGCUCUACGAGUGUCCUGAGUGUGGGAAGAAGUUUCAGACCAGCUCCCAUCUCCUCCAGCACCAGCGGAUUCACACGGAUGAGAGGCCCUUCCGCUGCCCCGACUGCAGGAAGGGCUUCAAGGACAAGUCCAAUCUCAUCAGGCACCGGCGCAUCCACACUGGGGAGAGGCCCUACGAGUGUCCCCAGUGUGGGAAGAGCUUCUCCAGGA